AACGAUUGUUCGAUUAGGUUUUGGAGGCGGUGCCAUCUUUUUGAGGCGUGGCCCUACGCUUAGCAGCUGGAAUCACGAGCAUACUGUAUUGUCUGAGAGAGGUGGAUAGGGCUGCUACGGGAGACUGAAGAACAGCUGCGAGACGAUAAAAACGUCAGGAGAAAAGACAGAAAGGAAAACCAAGAAAAAAGCGACCGUCAUUUCCUCCAACGAUGUGUAGGCUACAGUGAUACAUGUAGAUUAUAUAUGAACAAUAAUAACCAGAGUUGAAAGGUAAAAUCAAUGGUCCAGAAAAGUAGUAUGUCCAGGACACCUUCCACUUCAACCACGGAGAUUCAAAUGGACAUGUUCGACCAUCACGGUUCGCACGCACAGGGGAAGUAUGCAAAGAGAAAGAGUCGCUUCAAACGCUCCGAUGGCAGCACCUCCUCAGACACCACCUCUAACAGCUUUGUCAGGCAGGGUUCUGCGGACUCGUACACCAGUCGUCCGUCUGACUCGGACGUGUCGCUGGAGGAGGACCCCGAGGCUCUGAGGAAGGAGGCUGACAGACAGGCUCUAGCCACCUUAGAGAAAGCCAAGACCAAGCCUGUAGCCUUUGCCGUGAGAACUAAUGUGGGCUACAACCCGGGCCCAAACGAUGACGUCCCUGUUCAGGGCAUGGCCAUCUCAUUUGAAGCCAAAGACUUCCUGCACAUUAAAGAGAAGUAUAAUAAUGACUGGUGGAUCGGCCGUCUGGUGAAGGAGGGCUGUGAGGUGGGUUUUAUUCCCAGCCCGGUGAAGCUGGAGAACACCCGUCAGCUCCAGGAACAGAGAAUGAGACAGAACCGCCUCAGCUCCAGUAAAUCUGGCGGGAGCUCCAGUCUAGAUGUUGCCUCAGGAACCCGGAGGCCCACACCACCUGGGACAGCUGAUUUCUCCGCGGGGCUCUAUGAUGAUGCAUCUGAUGUAGAGGUGGAGGAGGUGGAGCCGAUGGCCGACGCCCGCGACCAACGGGGCGGGGCCGGGAGCGUCACCUCCCCUCAGGCCAACAUCCCCCGCCUGCCCUUCUUUAAGAAGAUGGAACAUAUUCCCCCGUAUGAUGUUGUACCAUCCAUGAGGCCUAUAGUACUUGUGGGGCCCUCACUUAAAGGCUAUGAGGUGACUGACAUGAUGCAGAAAGCACUGUUUGACUUUCUGAAACACAAAUUUGAGGGCAGAAUAUCUAUCACCCGGGUGACAGCAGAUAUCUCCCUGGCCAAACGUUCUGUCCUCAACAACCCCAGCAAACACACCAUCAUAGAACGUUCAAGCACUAGGUCCAGCCUGGACGUACUGGCUGAAGUUCAGAGUGAGAUCGAGCGGAUCUUUGAGUUGGCCCGUACGCUGCAACUGGUUGCCCUAGAUGCUGACACCAUAAACCACCCGUCUCAGCUGGCAAAAACCUCCUUGGCUCCAAUCAUCGUCUAUAUAAAGAUAGCCUCCCCCAAGGUACUGCAGAGGCUGAUUAAAUCCCGGGGGAAAUCUCAGGCCAAACACCUCAAUGUCCAGAUGGUGGCUGCAGAUAAACUGGCACAGUGUCCCCCUGAGCUGUUUGACAUCAUCCUGGAUGAGAACCAGCUGGAGGACGCCUGCGAGCACCUGGCCGACUACCUGGAGGCGUACUGGAAGGCCACGCACCCCCCGAGCAGCAACCCGCCCAACCCGCUCCUCAACCGCACCAUGGUGACGGCCGCGCUGGCCGCCUCCCCGGAGCCUGUCUCCAACCUGCAGCAGGGGCCGUACCUGGUGCACGGAGAGCAGAAGAGGGAGGGUCCUCUGUCCGAGUGUGGGGCCGGCAGCGGCGGUCUACACGACUACCAGGGAGACGGCGGCGGGAAGCAAACGCUGCAGCAGCAGACGUACCUGCGCUCCUCACGCAGCCAAACCCGAGGUGGCGGCGGCAGGGCCCUGUCCCGCCAGGACACCUUCGACUCGGAGACGCAGGGCAGCCGAGACUCGGCCUACACUGAGGCCGGCGACUCCUGCAUCGACAUGGAGACGGAUCCGUACGAGGAGCCCGACCCGUACCGCUCCCGCCUGAACCCCGCCCACCACCACACCCCCCGACAGGCUUCCUGGGAAGACGAGGGGGCGGAACCAGACCAGGAGAACCUCAACCACGCCCAGGCACAGACGAGUCAGCAGCACCAUGGGCGGAGCAAGCUGCGGGAGCGAUACUGUCAAUCACCUGUGGAGGGCGGUGCCAACAUCAGCCGGAACCAAAAUCAGGAUGAAUGGAGCAGGGAUGUGUACAUUCGCUGAACUGGAUGACAGGGAGGAGAAGGGGUGUAGGCAGGAAGGAUAGGGGAAGAGUAAUGGGGAUGGGGGGAGGGGGGGGGGGGUAGGGAGAGAACAGAGAGGAUAAUUCAGGGGUUAGACACCGUGUGUUUUUUUUUCAGAGGUUGUGCCAAUCAGAAAGUCUCAAGCCACAAUCUGUUUACAAUCAUAGAUACACUCACAAUCAUUAGCCAGAGGUGCAGUGUACAGAUGACACACUCAGUGUCUCUCUCUCUAACUCGCUUUCUGUUACACAAAGACACACAUCUAUCCACCCACAAACAUACUUUCACUCUCUCUCUCUCUCUCACACACACACACACACAUACACAUGCACACACACACAUACAUGCCUGUAUGUAGACAUUAACAGACCACAUUGUAUCAUACACUAAAACACACAUCAGAUUGUACAGAUAGCAGAUUACUCCCAUACUCACCUAGAGAAACUCUUUUGGUUUAUCCAUGUCUUUGUUUUAUUUUCCUUCCUGCCUUUUGUUUCAUAUUUUUUAUUUCUGCAUGGAUAUAACAGGCAGCAGGACUAAUGCAAAUAUAGAAUGUAGAUGUAGAAUCCAGUAGUGUUAGGAGAGAGAGUGCUUCCAUGUCUGUCUUUGUGUGCAUUUGUGUGUGUGUGUUUCUGAAGCUGUUAAUAGCCUGGGUAUCUGUUUUUAUGUGUGUUUGCGUGAAGGCUGUCUGUGUGAAUGUCCUCUGUAGUCUUAAACUGAGUUGUCUGCAUAGCUCAGUUUCCGCACCAAUCUGCUGGUUUUAGCUCUCACUCCACCUUUAUGUUCAUAGUUGACAUUACCAUAGUUUAUUCCUGUUCAUUUUAAAUGAUGUACAUCAAACUUAUUUAUUAUCUGUCGACAUCUGUAUGUAAUGGUGUACUUGCUGCUGUGUGUGCCUCCUGCCAACAGAGGGCACUAUUAGGGGUGGUCUGCUCCCUGUAGUCCUUCACUGCACUGUAUUGUUCUCUCCUUUGCUGUUGCUGGGGUGAUUACGCUGGCCACAAUGUUCUCACUGCAGUUGUGUGACAGCCUUUAACGAGGCCUCCCGCCUUAUCAAAGUGUCAGUCUCUCAGCAUCACCAAUCACAAGUGCCAGAAUGUCUCGCAAAAGCCACUCCUGCCCCCUUGGUGGGUUUUCUUAAAUCGUAUCUUGUAUGCAUUGUUGGUUUCAUCUCUGUUUGUGAGUGAGUGAGGGAAUGUGUGUGUGUGUGUGUGUGUGUGUGUGUGUGUGUGUGUGUGUGUGUGUGUGUGUG